AGUUGCACCAACAUCCUGUGCACUGUAAACCUUACAUGAUACCUAUAAUUAUGAUUAACUGGACAUAGACAAUUCGUAUUGAAAGUAAGAGCUCAACAAUUUUGUGCUGGCUGCAGCUACAUUUCAAGAUCACUAUGAUGCUGAAUCUACUGUUUCUCCUAUUCACUUGCUUAAAUGUGCAGUAUGGAAGCUCUGAGAACUUUUACAUUGUUACAUCAGGAUUGAGUCAAUUCUACAACUGCCCUCGAACAGGCUUUGAUAUUGAACAUUGCAUAACUCUGCAACAGUACAUUGAUAGAUCUGUUCUCCAAACGAGAAACAACAUCUCACUAGAAUUGGAACCGGGAUACCAUGUGAUGACAUCAAACUUUAAUUUGUUGGGUGAUCACCAAAAUACAUUCACAAUGAAUGCUGCAAACGGACUUGCUAAUGUGCUUUGUAUAGGAAACAUCAUCAACAAUAUUCUGAUUUAUGGUGGAAUAAGAAUAUCCAGGUUUCAUAGAACUUCUCUAUAUCAUAUAACUUUCAUUGAGUGUGUCCAGAAUCUAUUCCAUGAUACAAAUGAAGUACAAAUCCAUGAUGUUCAGCUCACGACAAACUACUUAUCACAAUACCUGUUAAGAAUUUCCAGUGUGGCUAAUGCGACAAUCUUAAGAGCUAACUUUCUUUGUAGCCGCAGCACUGGACAGAUAGACACACCUAUGCUUUCCAUUGCUGCAAGCUCACUUCAGCUUCAAUUAAUAACAUUUUCCAAUGAUCUACUAUGUUCUCGCAUUACUGGACUACUCAGUGAGACAUCUGAUAUUUCUAUUGAAAACAGUCUAUUUAGUAAUUUCUCAGCACGGGCAAUAGAAACAACUAACAGUGGAGGUAGAAGUCUUACUGUUAUCAAAACAGUAUUUCAAGGUAACAGUGUCAGUGUAGGAAGCGGUGGACCCGGUGGAGCUAUUCAAAGCAGCAGCUCAAAAGUUGUAAUUCAUGGCUGCCAAUUUGUAGAUAACAGUGCACGUGUAGAUAGUAACAGUGCACGUGCGUCUGGAGGAGCCCUUUCAUUCAUUGGUGCAAACGUUUCUAUUUCAGUCUCCCAAAGUACAUUUCGUAGCAAUGCAGCUACAGGUCAUGGCGGGGCUAUAUCUUUCUCAGAGGGAAUAUUGGACUUCACUGGUUUUAUCCUGAACACACUACUAAUAAACGAAAGUGACUUUAUUAACAACACAGCACAAUUCGGUGGGGGUAUUGUCCUGACUAGUAGAUUCAUUACUACUAUAAUCAGUGAUAGCAGAUUUUCCAGCAAUUUGGCAAGCAGAAUGGGUGGAGCAAUUGCAGAAUAUGGUGGAAACACUACUACCUUCAUUGAACGAUGUGUCUUUACAAACAAUGAAGCUACACAAAACGGUGGAGCGAUAUCUACUAGUAGUCGAAGUCGACAGUUACUGACUGUUUCGUCAAGCACAUUUAUCAACAACAGAGCUACUUCCUCAAGGGGAGGUGCAAUUUACCAACCAGGAUCAACCGUUUCUAGUUUAAAAACCCAAAUUGAUAACUGCACCUUCAGUGAGAAUGUAGCCAAUCACUGUGGAGCUAUAAACAUUAGACGAGCUACAAUAAUUAAAUCUUGUUCUUUUUCUUUUAACAAAGCGACUACAACUAAUACUCAAAUACUAGGUGGCGGUGCAGGUUGCCUUGAAAGUAGCUCUACUGUAAUUUUGAACAGCACAUUUUGGAACAACACUUCCGGGCAAUCUGGUGGAGCUCUAAUUUUGAAUGGAGGUAAAAUUAAAACAUCGUCAUUUGAUGGAAACAGAGCUGGAACUGUUGGCGGUGCUAUAUUUGGAGCUGGACAGAUCAACCAAAGUACUUUCACAAACAACCAUGCAUCAAGGAACGGUGGUGCUCUAAGUGGUGGAUCUAUUGAAAUAAUUCAAUAUUCAAAUUUUGAAAAUAACACGGCUGCAAAUGGAGGUGCAAUUAGAGUACCCCAAGUAAUUAUCAGUAACAGUGACUUCGCUGGUAAUGAAGCCAUGAACAAUGGUGGAGCAAUAGAUUUGAAUUGUAUCUUUUGUGCCUCUGGAUCGAGCAUCCUACAAGACACUGCAUUCGUCAGAAAUAGGGCAAUGCAAGGUUUUGGGGGAGCUAUAAAUUUGUUUGGCAGUAGCAGUUACAAUCUCUCAUUGAUUGGGAAUAAUUUUUGUUCGAACUCUGCACCAUCGUGUGGUGCUUUUAGCAUACAGUCUGGCUUGUCAUCUAACUAUAUUCACUACAAUAUAGAUAUUAUAGGAAACAUAUUCAUCAGUAAUAGAGCAACACCAUUUGGAUGGGGAGGUGGAGCCUGUUGUAUAAGAAGUUCAAACAUUUCAAUCAGGGAUAGCAACUUCAAUUACAACCGAGCACCUAAUGGUGGGGUGAUGCAAAUUGAAGGAAGCACAGUGAGUGUUCAAAACUCAUCUUUUGUGAAUAAUUCGGCAACAUUCCAAGGGGGCCUGGGAGGUGUAUUUUACACAGCCUCAUUUUGGUUCCCUGUUCUUAUCGACAUACUUGAGAGUUCUUUCAUCAACAACACUGCAAGGCAAAACGGAGGAGCAAUUGUUGUUGAAAGCGAAGGGAGUGCCAUUCAAAUUAGUGAGAGUAUUAUAGUAAUGAAUUAUGCUGGUACCUUUGGUGGAGCUUUCAGCAUUGAUGGUGUUAGCCUCACCUUGAACAAUUUAAAAGAUUUCCGUAACACAGCGGUGUUAUCUGGUAAUACAAUCAGUGCUUGUAAUAGCAACAUUACAGUUUUAAAUACUCAGAGUGGCUACUUCUACAAUAUUUCGAAAAAUGAAUUCAGAUCUGAUCUUAGCUGUGUUGUGUAUGAGAUCGUUCGGAAUAUCACCAUUGAUCCAAGUCCAACUUCAAUCACGACCAUUCCCACCUUUGAGACAUCUUUUUCAAAUACUAUUCCAACGUUCAUACAUUCCAUUGAUUCAGAAUCGUCCGUAGCAAAUUAUACCGAGUCUUUUGAAAUUUCGUCUGAACUGACAGAUGUAAGGAGCAGCAUACUACCAACAAGUACAUACAAAAUCACCUCAUCAUCCUACAUUACUUCAAAGACCAGUAGCACUGUAAUGCACAACGUCUUUUUUUCACCUAAUUCCAAAAUGCCUGCUAAUGUGACAAGCACUCCAACCGUGUCACCAAAGGUCAUUAUUCCUAUGGUAAACUCUACAGAUGCACCUGCUACAGCACGUAGUUGUGGGCUUGUCAUAAAGUUUCAAAAUGUUGUUUUCUUAUUUAUACUUCCCAUUAUUAUUUCUAUGUAUUAUUAAUUAAACUCACACAUGCAGCUGUACCAUAUAGUAUAAUAUUCAAUCAUAACUACUUUUGCAGCACAAUGCUUUAUAGCUGCUAGGCCUUGACAGAUUUUGCUCGAUCGGUCACUUAAUUUUCUUGUCUUUUUUUUCUCUAGUUUAUUAGUUUCUUUAGUUUAGUAUCUCUUGUCAAUUUAGCUACCUAUUUUUCUUUUUCAUCCACCUAUUUUUCUCCUAUUAUGUGAUUCUGA